AAGCUUUACCUACUGGGAAAACGCAAGGAACCAAUCGAUCAGACAAAAGUCGCCACCAACUGCUAAAAACUCGCGUGGACUAAACUAUUCUCUCAUUUUAUGUUAGUGUGUAGUUGGACCAAAACCCAUUUUUCAGACAAGGAUUAGAGUUGGCAAAUUUGUGAAGACAAGUCAUGAAGCUUCCCACGUCUCCUCGGUGAGGCCAUACAGCGGAAGACCGUAGAAGCUCUGCACUGUUUCUCUCAUACCAAGGGUGGAUUAUGGUUAUUGAAAAUUGGCCAACAAUCACUAGAGUAGUUUAUCAAAAUGGGUCAGGAUCUCUUAUCUAUAUGUCAAGCAGAAACCAGGAGAUUGCUGUGGAUUGCGGGAAUGCUGUUUGCUGUGAUCUUAGUUGUCCGGCAUCUUGAACUUCCAUAUGGUAAUCUUUUAUCAUCUAUACUCUCUUCUACAAAGGUUCCUUUAGUGGGGAAAAGUGGCUUCCAAGCUGGAUAUUCACCAUCUAAUUCUGAGAUUGUCGGUAACUUGUCGCUUUCUAAUGAUUUGAACAACACUGGUACAUAUGCAAUUCAUGAGAAAGCUAGCAAUACUAGGAGCUCUGAUUCUGUAUUAGAAGGACAUGAAGGCUCAAACAGAGCUUUAGAAAUCAAUGAAGAUGAAGACGAUGGUAAGGAUGCGUCAUCUGGAAAUUUGGUAAAGCAAAAUAGAACUAUCAUUGUGGAAAAUGUAAAACCCUUGGAGACUGAUUUUGCUCAAGAGGGGGGUAGAGAACCUGAAGUGAGCUCUGUUGAAAAGAAAAAUACUACAGAUAAUACUUAUUUAGAAGGCAGGAUUGGGAAUGAAAAUAAUACUGUAGAUGUUGUAAAUUCUACUGCUGGUUUACCAGUCAGUUCACCUGCACCCCUAAUGAUGAAUUCGUCACCGAGCACAGCUCCAGCAAUUUUUGAAACAAACGUUGGAGCUCCCAUUAAAUCUGUUGACUCAAAUGUGACUUCAGUGGAGAAAGAUCGAACAACCCCUUCUGAGAAAACUGAAAAUUCUGAGCAAUUGCAUAGUGACCUCAACCAAACAGAACAUAAUUCUUCAAUGACCAGAGUCCCUGAAGUGAAAAUGGAGCCAGAGGUUCCAAUCUUGGAUGUAUAUUCAAUAUCUGAUAUGAACAAUCUUUUGCUCCAGAGUCGUGCCUCAUACCAUUCAGUGAUACCACAAUGGUCUUUACCUGUUGACCAAGAGCUGCAAUAUGUAGCAUCGCAGAUUGAAAAUGCACCCAUAAUAAAGAGUGAUCCAACUCUUUAUGCUCCACUUUAUCGGAAUCUAUCCGUGUUUAAAAGGAGCUAUGAAUUAAUGGAGGACACUCUUAAAGUAUACGUUUACAGGGAAGGAGAAAGACCUAUAUUGCACUCGCCAUUUCUCAAAGGGAUAUAUGCUUCUGAGGGAUGGUUCAUGAAGCAGCUGGAAGCUGAUAAAAAAUUUGUUACUAAAAACCCUCAGAAAGCCCACCUGUAUUACUUACCCUUUAGUUCUCGAACGUUAGAGGAAAGAUUAUAUGUGCCCAAUUCACACAGUCAUAAGAAUCUUAUACAGUAUUUGAAGGACUACGUCGACAUGAUUGCAGUGAAACAUCCUUUCUGGAAUAGAACUGGAGGAGCAGAUCAUUUUCUUGUUGCUUGCCAUGAUUGGGCCCCAUCUGAAACAAAGAAAUAUAUGGCUAGGUGCAUUAGGGCCCUCUGCAAUUCUGAUAUCAAAGAAGGUUUUGUAUUUGGCAAGGAUGUGUCUCUUCCUGAAACAUACAUCAAGAAUGAUAAGAAUCCUCUCAGAGAUCUUGGAGGCAAUCGUCCUUCCAAGAGAUCAAUACUUGCUUUCUUUGCUGGGAGCAUGCAUGGUUAUGUUCGGCCAAUUUUGUGGCAGCAUUGGGAAGAUAAAGAUCCCGACAUGAAGAUCUUCGGCAAGUUGCCGAAAGCGAAGGGCAACAAGAACUAUGUUCGUUAUAUGCAAAGCAGCAAGUACUGCAUUUGCGCAAAAGGUUACGAAGUGAACAGUCCGCGAGUCGUGGAGGCCAUUUUCUAUGAGUGUGUUCCGGUGAUCAUAUCAGACAAUUUUGUGCCUCCGUUUUUUGAAGUUCUGAAUUGGGAGUCCUUUGCUGUUUUUGUGUUGGAGAAAGAUAUUCCGAACUUGAAGAAUAUACUGCUUUCAAUCCCAAAGAAGAAAUAUCUACAGAUGCAAAUGAGGGUUAAAAAGGUGCAAAAGCAUUUUCUGUGGCAUGCCAAACCUGAGAAGUAUGAUAUUUUUCAUAUGAUUCUCCACUCUAUUUGGUACAAUAGACUCCAUCAAUUAAAACCCAUUUGACAUAGAAAUA